CACAGCACAUUCUCCUCGGCGGGAGCACUCACUUUCCCCUCCGCCUGCUGGGCUGCAUCUUCUUUCCUCCUCUGUCCUGUUUUCUCUCUCUGUCUCUCUCUCUCUCUCUCUGCUCUCUUUGAAUUUGCUCUUCCUCUUUUCUCCUUUUUCUCUUCCUUGCCCUGCACACACACUAGCACAUGCUUCCACUGAGUGUGUGGUGCUUGGCCACACAGAUGUUCUUUAGACAGUAACAGGUAGACAUCAUCUUUGUGCUGCUCAGCGGAGGACAGGAGAGGGACCAACGUCUUGGCUUAUUCUUCUCAGUAUAUGUGCCAAGUAAACUGUGAGAGAGGAAGCACAGGUGGAGGAGGAAGAGGAGGACGACAGGAGAGGGAGAUAACUGGAGGAGAGAGGGGUCUCGGCUUCACCCCGUCUAAUGCUCCACUUGACACCAUGCUGCUCUGUGUGGAUUUGGUCCUCAGGGGAAAAUCCUUAAAAUGAUGGAAGACAACAAACAUCUGGCACAGAGGAUUGAUGGGGCCAUCCAGUCCGCCAGUCAGGAAGUGACCAACCUCCGCUCCGAGCUCUCGGCCACCAGCCGCAGACUGGCAGAGCUGGGUGCCAGCAGCCCCCCUGCUCUGGAGAACCACCACCAGUACAACCACCACGAUGACAGCCUCCAUUACCGUGCAGAUCCAUCAGUGCAUCACAGACAGAAGACGGUGGUGACAGACAUGUGCUACCCGACAGAGAUAUCCAGCCUGAUGGACUUCGGCACGGCAGACUGCUCGCUGGGCAAAGUGUUGUUGCGCGAGGAGGUCGCCCAGCUUCAAGAGGAGGUCCACCUGCUCAGGCAAAUGAAGGACAUGUUGAGUAAGGACCUGGAGGACACGCAGGGCGGCUGCUCCUCUAAUCUGCUCUCAGCCACCGAGCUCCGCGUGCAGCUGGGCGACAAAGAGCAGGAGCUGGACCGAGCCAAAGAGGCCUUACAAGCUAUGAAAGCUGACCGUAAGCGUCUAAAAGGGGAGAAGGCCGACCUGGUGAGUCAGAUGCAGCAGCUGUACACAACACUGGAGAGCCGAGAGGAGCAGCUACGAGAAUUCAUUCGCAACUACGACCAGCACCGAAAGGAGAGCGAGGAUGCAGUGAAGGUCCUGGCGAAGGAGAAAGACAUGCUGGAGAGGGAGAAGUGGGACCUGAGGAGACAGACCAAGGAGGCCACGGAGCAGGCCAACAUCCUGCGCUCUCAGAUGGACAUGAAGGAGAACAGGAUCAAAGAGCUGGAGGCCGAGCUCACCAUGGCGAAGCAGUCUCUGGCCACCCUGACAAAAGACGUCCCGAAGAGACACUCGCUGGCCAUGCCGACGGAGCCCGUGGUGAACGGCAGUCAGGAGUGGGUGAUGCAGGCCGACCAGCCGCUCACCGCCGCCAUCCGACAGAGCCAACAGACGCUCUACCACGGCCACACCACGGACAGACAGGCUGUGGUCAGGAUCAGCCCCUGUCACUCUCGCCAGCCCUCUGUCAUCUCUGACGCCUCGGCAGCCGACGGCGACCGCUCGUCCACGCCCAGCGACAUCAACUCACCUCGUCACCGGACCCACUCCCUCUGCAAUUCCAUGGAGGACCUGGAGGACCAGAAGCGUAAGAAGAAGAAGGAGAAGAUGACUCUGGGAUCUCUGUCGCGCGUGUUCGCUCGGGGAAAGCAGCGCAAGUCACUGGACCCCGGCCUGUUUGAUGACUCUGACAGCCUCACACAGCAGAGCCUGUCUGACGGCGAGGAGCAGCUCGACCGCCUCCAGCAGGCGGAGCUCACACGCACCACAUGCAUGUCGCUGUGGAGGGCAGGUGCAGUCCAGGCCUGGAUGGAGGUCGUCAUGGGGAUGCCCAUGUACAUCCGAGCCUGCUCUGAAAAUAUCAAGAGUGGCAAGGUGCUGCUGGGAUUGACAGAUGAGGAUUUAGAGCUGGGUCUGGGAGUCAGUAACCUCAUUCAUCGCAGGAAGCUGAGACUGGCCAUCGAGGAUUACAGAAGAGCGGAGGGGGAUCAGGGACUGUCGAACGCCUCUGAGAUGGAUCAUCACUGGGUGUCCACCUCCUGGCUGAGUGACGUGGGCCUGCCUCAAUACUCUCAGACCUUCCAGAGUAACCUAGUGGACGGACGAGUGCUGAACUCUCUGAGCCGCAGGGACCUGGAGAGGUUCCUCAACAUCGGCGACCAGUUCCACCAGACAAGCCUUCUGCUGGCGAUCCAGCUGCUGCAGAUUCUCAGCUUUGAUAAAGAGGCCCUGCAGGCACGACGGGCAAAAUGUGAGCACCAGGACUGGGAUCCCAUUGUUUGGACAUGUCACCGAGUAAUGAAGUGGAUCAGAGACAUAGACCUCAAGGAGUUUGCAGACAAUCUUCAGGGUAAAGGGAUUAACGGGGCUGUGCUGGCUCUGGAUCCCUCCUUCGACACUGACGCCAUGGCCAAAGCCCUGUGCAUCCCCGGCCACAAGCACAUGCUGCAUCGGCACCUGUAUGAAGAGAUGAAAUCCCUCGCUGUUCAUCACAGCAAUUCAGACCAGGCCAACGAAGUCAUCAGUUCUUCUUCUCCUGUGGCUGUGAACCGCUUCGCUGAGGAGAGGGCCUCCAUAAGAAGAACUGGGAAGAGUCCGCUGAGGUUACGCGCAAACAACCACUCGGUGGAGCGGAGCCUGGGCUUCCACGGCAGCUGUGGGUCUUUGCCCAGAGAGGCCAGGGUUCAGGCUGUUCCUCGGGCCAGAGGCAGCCCCAUGCUAGCCUACAAGGGCGUGGAAAUCACAAACGUCUGACCCCGCCACGGAAAUGCUCAUCAUUGUUUACAUUGUUGUCGUGCUAUGCUCGUUUACUACUGAGAGAAACCUACGCUCAGCACUUCAGAGGCAGUUGUCGUGUAGCGUAUUACCACGUAAUUUAAUUAUUCAAAUCAUUUUGGCCUGCAUAGGAAUCACACAUUCCCCCCCCAGCCUUAGGGUUACCCCUAACCCUAACCCUAACCCUAACCCUGAAUUUCAAAAUUACUUUCAUAUUAUGACUGUAUAAAAAAAGAGUAAUGUUGAAAAUAACUAUAUAGCUGAACAGUGUUUUCCUCCUUCGAUGCCUUACAUGAAAUAGGUCUCAUAUUUAUAUAUAUAUCUUCAAGGCACUUCUGAGGUCUCAGUCACCUAUUUUCAACAGCUCAGCCCUUUUUUGUUCACAUAUUAAAUGAAGAAUUAUGCCUUAGGUAGAGAAGCAGACAUUAUAAUAUGCUCUCACAGCAGAGAUACUGUACAUAUCCCCGUUUAUCUUCCGAGGACUGUGUCAUGUCAGCAGCUCUCUGCGUAUACAAGCAAAAUGUUGGCCAGAGUUUCUGGCUCCAAUCGGGUCCUCUACCUCCCUGUGACCCCCCCCACCCCCCCACCCCCACCCCCUCUGCAAGUUCGUCAUCACAAUUAUUAUGAAAUAUGAUCAAAUGAAAUUAUUAUUAAAUAGUAUUGUUAUUGUUAGUACUGUAACAGCUAGAUCUACAUAUUUUAGAACCACAAUAAGAUAUUUUGAUAGCAGACAUUGAUUUGACAUCCAUACCAUCAAGACGUAAAGUUUCUACGGAACAGCAGAUUCUAGCAAACCAGACAAUCUUUAAAGUUCAAACUGUCCUUUUAAAAUCUCUCUUCUCACAUUGUUACAUUCAGUUCAUUAAAGAACUGCGAGGAAGAUGUUUUGGUUGUAACUUGAAUAUGAAUUACUAACAAGACUCAUCCGUGGUGAUAUGUAGAAAACGAUCCUGUUGAAUGUUUGGUUUUGAAAGUGUGUAAACUACAGAGGGAGAUUGUGUUUAUACUGUGUAAGCACUGCAGAAAAUAACAGUGCUGUUAUGUAUCUUAAAUGGGAGGAUUGAAUCUUUUGUACAGUUUGAUCAUGUUUUAUAAAACACAGAUGUGUAAACUUUGCUGGUCCUGUGCAUGAGAACACACAUAUGAAAUGUCCCACUGUGUGCAGCUACAUCCCUGAGGCCAAUCCAGGUUGUGUCUAACUGGUUUUUCUACAACUUUUUGGGCGUCUACCACGUUCACCAACAGCAGGGCUGCUACAGCGGGAAGAUCAGACCAGUUCAAACCUGUAGACAGAGAGAAGGAACUCUGGGGAUGGUCACUCUGAACUGGGGUUAGUAUUACGAGCACUGUUUCUCCUCCUGCACAGUGUUUUUUUAAUAUACACACCAACAAUACAGGUGGAAUUAUUGUCGACUGUCAUAUUGCACAGUGUUUACCUGCUCAUCAACAGCUACAGUCAAAUCUGUGUUCACACAAUAAAAACUUUAUCCGCUGAGA